UAUAUUGUAGUAGACUCAGACUAAUAAUUGUACCACCAGCCAUAAAAUUGUAUUUUUUCCUUUACUUCCAAAUGGAGUGACAGGCUUCAGUUGAAAGCCUUGAAGACGUCCCAUACAUAAAAUUUUUCUCAUCAUGGCUGUUAAGAUAUUUGGGUGUCCAAAUGUUUUUAGCUGCUUGUUGCUGCUAUCCAACCUAGAUAGUUAUUUUGCUGCUGGAGACCUGACUUUGCAACGUUCUCAUACAAAUGCUAGUGCUUUAUUGAAAGCUGACCCCUUUGAUGCUAAAGAAUCAGGACGAGAUGAGAGGCUACACAUUUUCACCUUGGACUAUGAAUAUGUGCAAAUACCAUAUGAAGUUACACUUUGGAUUCUCUUGGCUUCUCUUGCAAAAAUAGGUUUCCAUCUCUACCAUCGUCUUCCACACUUCAUGCCAGAAAACUGCGUCCACAUUGCCAUGGGUGUUUUGGUUGGCGGGAUUAUUUUUGGCACCAAGCACAAAUCUCCACCAGUUAUGACUACCAGUAUUUAUUUUUUAUACCUCCUUCCACCCAUUAUCCUUGAAGGAGGCUAUUUUAUGUCCACCCGUCCCUUUUUUGAAAACUUUGGUUCAAUUCUUUGGUGGUCUGCAAUGGGCUCCCUUAUAAAUUCCUUUGGCAUUGGAUUGUCACUUUAUGGAAUUUGCCAGAUCACACCUUUUGGCCUCAAGGAUGUUAGCCUGCUUGACAGCCUGUUAUUUGGCAGCAUGGUCUCAGCAGUGGAUCCAACAGCCGUCUUAACUGUCUUUGAGGAGAUGUCUGUCAAUGAACAACUUUACAUGAUGAUAUUUGGAGAAUCCUUAUUAAAUGAUGGGAUAACUGUAGUCCUAUACAAUAUAUUCAUUGACUUUACCCAGAUGCAUAAAUACGAAACAAUUGAAUCUGUUGACAUUCUAGCUGGUUGUGCUCGCUUUUUUGUAGUCAGUCUUGGAGGGCUGCUGUUUGGCAUCGUCUUUGGAUUUGUGGCAGCUUUUAUGACUCGAUUCACUCAAAACAUUUCUGCCAUUGAACCUCUCUUGGUCUUCAUGUUCAGUUACCUGUCCUAUUUAACCGCAGAAACACUUUACAUAUCUGGCAUCUUGGCGAUCACAGCAUGUGCAGUGACAAUGAAGAAAUACGUGGAAGCCAAUAUUUCUCAAAAUUCCUACAUAACCAUAAAAUACUUCAUGAAAAUGCUGAGCAGUAUCAGUGAGACCCUGAUCUUUGUGUUCAUGGGAGUGUCUACAGUUGGUCGGAACCACGAAUGGAACUGGGCUUUCAUUGGCUUCACCCUGCUCUUCUGCAUGCUUUGGAGAGCACUAAGUGUCUUCUUUCUGUUCUCCAUUUGCAACAAGUUCCGCACUUACAAAUUUACUCUCAAGGAUCAACUUAUUGUUACCUAUAGUGGGCUAAGAGGAGCCAGCAGCUUCUCCCUUGCAUUUUUGCUUCCUACAAGCCUUUUCCCUAGAAAGAAGAUGUUUAUCACAUCUACUAUUGUGGUGAUAUACUUUACUGUUUUCAUUCAGGGAAUCACUAUUAGACCACUGGUAAAAUACCUAGAUGUUAAGAAGACCAAUAAAAAAGAAUCAAUAAAUGAAGAAAUUCAUAUGCGAAUGAUGGAUCAUUUAAAAGCUGGCAUUGAAGAUGUAUGUGGACACUGGAGCCAUUAUCAACUGAGAGACAAGUUUAAGAAAUUUGACAAUAAUUUUCUGAAGAAGAUACUACUGCACAAGCAACAGCCAAAAUCCAGCCUUGUUUCUUUAUAUAAGAAACUGGAAAUCAGACAAGUCAUUGAAAUGGUGGAAAGUAGGAGCAUGACACCUACGACUUCCAAAUCAUCUUCUCUUCCACAUCAGAGGCGCAGGAAUGAAAGAAUACAGAAACUUUCCCCUAAAGAUGUGGAAUCUAUGCAGAACAUGUUGGCACAUAAUCUGUAUCAAGUGAGGCAAAGGACGCUAUCGUACAACAGAUAUAAUCUUGCCACUGAAAAAAGUGAAGAGCAAGCCAAAGAAAUCCUUGUUCGACAUCGAUACAGCAUGCGGCAGACCACAAGGAAAGGUCACAGCUUACCAUGGGGAGGGCAGGCUGCCAGUAAAAGCCUACGUUAUUUAUCCCUGCCCUUCGGUAAUUCUCAACCAAUUAGAAGAACAACUAGGAUUGAUGAUGAUGAUCUAACAGGGUAUGGUAGCAGUGAUUCCGAGUCUGUCUUCAUGAUGCAUAAUUCAGAGGCUGGACCAAGGUCACCUCAGAAGAAACACCGCCAGCAGGAGGAAUUUCUCCCACUGGAGCAAAUGUAUUCACGAACUAAACCAGCCAGUUUUACAAGGCAGAAAAGAACAAAUCAACAGGAUCAGCAAGCCAGAAUACAAAAACCACUUUUAGCCCCGAAGCCUCAACUUAAUGCUGUUCUUGAAACUGAUACUCAGGAACUUGAGUCAGAGGAUGAGGUCAGCAGGGCCUCAUGCCCUACAGCACCUGUUGUAGUCUGGGCAGCAGAAACCAAAGGCAAAAACCAUCUUUAUCGAUCCAAAAGAAACUUUACUCAAAGAAAAAAGUGA